AUGUCCCAAGAUCAUAGAAAGCUUAGUUAUGAUCUUAUCUGUCAGGAGAUCUUGCCUUUUAUCAAUUGUGACCCGUCAUUGAAGGUGAAAACGAUAACCUCGCAUAUCAUUACAUCAUACAACUAUACUAUAUCUUACAGAAAGACUUGGUUAGAGAAAACAAAGGUCAUUGAAAUUGUGUACGGAAAUUGGGAUGAGUCAUACAAAAAGCUUCCACAUUACCUAACUGCGCUCCAAACAUAUGCUCCUGACACUAUUUCUAUUCUAGAGACAUUGCCGACGCAUGCUCCUGAUGGAACCCGUGUCCAAGGAAAUGGAAUAUUCCAUCGCCUUUUCUGGGCAUUCCAACCUUGCAUACGAGGGUUUGCAUAUUGUAAACCAAUAUUGCAAAUCGAUGGAAAUUGUUUAUACGGUAAAUACAAAGGAACCCUGUUGAUGGAUGUUGCACAAGAUGGAAACAACAAUAUUUUUCCAGUAGCAUUCGCAAUAGUGGAAGGUGAAACUGCCGCAGGUUGGAGUUUCUUUCUAUGGAAUCUCCGACAAUAUGUUGCUCCUCAGCCUGAACUUUGUUUAAUCUCUGAUAGGCAUGUUUCCAUUGAAAGUGCUUACAAUAAUCCAGCUAACGGAUGGCAAGACCCAUCAUCAACACAUGUAUAUUGUAUUCUACCUAUUGCUCAGAAUUUCAUGCGGGAGAUUAAGGAUAGGCACCUCCGGAAGACACUAGUCAAUGCAGGAUAUGCGUUAACCCAACCUACAUUCCAACAUUAUCGGAGUAAAAUUGUAUUGUGA